AUGGAUACUCUCGUCGCCCAAUACAGCCGGCCGAUGUUUGAGAAGGAGAAUGUUGAGGAAGACCAGAUGGAGCUCUACCAGUCAACACCCCCCUUGUCUCUCAAGUUCGCUAUGCCCCCCGUUGCACACCCCUCAGCCUGGCUCCGAGCUGCGACUGACGACCAUGCCAACCCAAACUGCCCCAUUAAGAUUGCCCACGGAACCACGACAUUAGCAUUCAGAUUCCAAGGUGGUAUCAUUGUAGCGACCGAUUCGAGAGCAACGGCCGGCAACUGGAUUGCGAGUCAAACCGUCAAGAAGGUUAUUGAGAUCAACAGCUGCUUAUUAGGCACGAUGGCCGGAGGAGCUGCUGACUGUCAAUACUGGCUCGCAUACCUUGGAAUGCAAUGUCGUCUCCACGAGCUUCGCCACAAACGCCGUAUCUCUGUUGCAGCCGCCUCCAAGAUCCUCGCAAACCUGGUCUACUCAUACAAAGGAAUGGGUUUAUCAAUGGGAACGAUGUGCGCAGGUGUCACCAAGGAGGAAGGGCCCGCUCUCUACUACAUUGAUUCCGACGGAACUCGUCUGGCUGGCAACCUCUUCUGUGUUGGAUCCGGUCAAACCUUCGCAUACGGUGUAUUGGAUGCAGAGUACCGCUACGACCUGACGGAGGAGGAGGCUUUGUCCCUGGGAAGCAGAAGUAUCUUGGCCGCUACGCAUAGGGAUGCUUACUCUGGUGGGUUUAUCAACUUGUACCAUGUGAAGGAGGACGGGUGGGUCAAGCACGGUUUCAACGAUACGAACCCAAUUUUCUGGAAGACGAAGCUGGAAAAUAGUGAGUUCUCGAAUGUGACGAGCGAGCUGGUAUAG